AUGACUGCCUUCAAUGAGCCGGAGGCCAAGCUUGAAGCUCUUUUAGACAUCAUCAACUCCUCUGCACGCCAAGCAAUCGCAGAAUACAAGAAAACAGGACAUGGGGUCCCCAGUGCCGACGCAACAACCUUCCACCCCCUCGACCUGACGACGGAUACACUUGCCCUCAAAAAGGCGAUUAGGCUGCUCGAAGGUGCAUACCAUCAAUUGAGCUCAAUACUAGCACCCCCCCAACACACGGUGAUGAAUUUUGUUUUUAAUUAUAACUGGGCGUGCACAGGCGUUGCCUUGCGUGCGCGUAUUGCAGAUGUUCUGGACCAACAUCCGGAAGGACUUAGCGUAGACAAGCUGGCGGAUGCAGUCAAUCUCGACAAGAUCAAGGUUGCACGUGUCUUACGGGCUUUGGCCCUCAUGGGCUGCUUCAAAGAAGUGGAGCGAGACGUCUUCGCAAACAACCGGCUAUCUCUUAUACUCCAGUCGGCGAACAACACUGGGUGUUAUGCGCGACUUCAUACCGAGGAUAUCUCGAAAUUCGCUGGAGUUGUAUAUGAGACUAUGAUUGACGAUGAAUUUUCAAGAUCGCAUGAGGCCGACAAAUCGCCACAGGUAUUUGCCUUCAGGAAGGAGGGUAUUAAGGGUAAUUACUUCGAAGUGAUGAGGGAUGACGAAGAGAGACGCGUUAAUUUUCAGAGAGCCAUGCUUGGCCAGAGCGAUAUCCUGGGCGCUUCUACAGUGCUGCACCACUACCAUUGGGACGAUGUAUCGUCUGUGGUGGAUGUCGGAUCUGGCAUUGGAGCAUUUUCCACUCCCCUGGCGAAAAUGUUCCCUCACCUCAGAAUAACCAAUCAAGAUCUCCCAGAAGUUAUGGUACAAGCAAAAAAUGCAUGGGAGAAGAGUGCUCCUGAGGCCUUGCUCGACGGCCGCGUGGAGUUUAUAUCGAUUAAUUUUCUGGAGGAAGUACCUGUCGUUGGGAAGGAUGUCUACUAUUUGAGGCACGUGAUCCACAACUGGCCAGACACCGAGGCAACGACUAUCCUCCGUAACAUUCGCAAGGCAAUGGGGCAAAAUAGCCGGGUGCUAAUUCACGAUUGCGCGAUCUCCCACACAUUGCAAACACCCAGUGGCGCAGGAACUAAUGGGUUGAGCAUCGCCCCUGAACCCAUGUUACCGAACUUCGGGGCAGGCAGUCAUAGAGCGUACCAAACGGACCUGACUAUGUGGUUUGCUCUAAAUUCCAAAGAACGCACUUUGGACGAGCUGAAGGUUAUUGGGCAAGUUCUUUAUAGUAUACCUUGA